CGCAGGCUGGAGUCUAAGAGGUCGGUGUUGUCGUCGAAGAGGAAAGGGUCCUCGUCGCUGCCGUAACAGGCAUGGACGAGGUGCGAAAGCGCCCAAGAGACGCAGGAGACGCGUCGGUCACAUGACCGUACAUAUUAUGUAAGCGAGUAUGUCGCGUCGGUGGCUGCUCCGACAAGCUCAAGCGCGACUCCUCCUGCUCUCUUCAUCUGACUCUGCGCUGGCCUGACACAUGCUGAUAUGGCGGGACAGUACUGGUUCCCGUCUAUGUCCGUUUCAGAGAUUGUCGAGGCAUUCUCUGGCUGGGGUUUGUCUGUGAGCCCCCAGAAUGUCGUCCACCCAUCGUCGGACUUUGUCACCAAAAUCUACACCGCAUGUCUCCAACAAGUGACGAGCAUCACUGAGGAGGAACUGCAACGACCAACUCAAGCGGCUUCAAAUAUCCUUGACAUUUCGGAAAUUUAUACAACGGCCCUUGCACAUAAUUUUUUUCUAAUGCAUCUACAACGCUUUGCUCGUGCAGCUAAAAUCAUGGAUUUCAGUGCAAAGGACCUUGCCUUCCCGGAACCAGAUCGCACGCGUUCGAUAUUCUCUGCCUUCAUUAAUCUUGUCAAGUUCUCAGAACAAUGUGAGGGCUUUAUUGGUGGUCUCCGCAACCAAUCCGCGUCUGUAACGAAAGAACGGGACCAGACUGUUGAGAAGCGUGCUGAGGCAGAAAGAAGGGUAGCAACAAUCAAAGCAAAGCUAGCUGAAGACGAGCCAAAUUGUGAAAUGUACCGGAAGGAGAAUGACAAGAUCACCGCGCACCUGAUUUCGUGCAGGGAUAAACAGCUUGGUCUCUUGGAUGAUGUCAAGACACUCAAACAAGAGAAGUCAGCUCACAUACAGCGCAAGGAAGCCGUCCACGCUGAAACCGACGCACUCACGGAGAACAUCGGUCGCGUACGUUCUCGUAUCGUCCAGUCUCCCGACAGGAUCAAGCGUAGCAUUAUCACCAUGGGUUCUACGGCAGCUGAAGACAAGAGGACUGUGACUAUGAAUGAAGCAAAGAUUCGGGACUUGCAGGCUAAGAUCAAUGCCCUCCUGAACAUCGAGAAGGACGUCCGGUCUUGUGUCGAGGGCCUUCGCACAAUUGAGAAGGAAAUGCAUGCAUUAGACGAAAGUAAGAAAGAACUCGGGGACUUCAAAGAGCAGCUGAGUAAAAGGACUGCUGAGUUCAAUGACCUGACCUCCAAGCGUGAUCGUGCACAUAUGCAACUGUCGAAAGCUGAAGAGAAGAUGGCUCGUGCUCAGAAACACGCUACAGACAAACGCACUGCCAGCCAACAGACCCUCGAGCGGCUGAAACACGACUAUGAGGAAAUGGCACACGAAAGGCAAGACAACGACAAACAUGUUGAGCAGAUGCGUCUUCAGGCUGACGAGAUCGAGCGCGAGAUGGCGGAACAUCUAAAGCGAAGUCAAGCAGAGCUGAACGAACUACUCACGGAGUACUGGACGCUAAGGCAUGCUACUGAGGUGUAUAUGGAAACACUAGCCAAUAAGCUCGGCAUGCAAGUGACAAGCACAUAGCCUGCUUGCCCCAUCUCUAUAUCACUACUAUUAUCUGUAUUGUAGCAUACCUUAUACCCAGAACAUGUAUGUAUCAAUGACCGACAGCCACUCAAGCACCAACUCUGCUGUAUACUGAUUCAUCGAACAUCAAACGAAAGCCAUUUACGAUUUCUUAGAUGUUGAGAAAACAGCCUGCAAUGCUCGAAGUUCUCAUUUAUAUUUCAGAAAUGUUAACAAGACUUAGAACUUG